UACUUCAUGCAUGUAUCAAACAUUCGAUGCGACAUUAUGAAAAAACUUGCUAGGGAUCCAAACAUGCCCUAAAUGUAAAUACUCGAGUAUAAUGUGACAGUUUGUGCUAACCAUGCUUAAGGCUGUGUUCGGCAGCCUGGGUUGAGAACCCAUAUCUCGCGUAUGGAAAAUAGAGCGGUCCAUUAGCGCGUGAUUAAUUAAGUAUUAGCUAUUUUUUUAAAAACAAUAUAAAUUUUUAAACAACUUUUGUAUAUAAUUUUUUUGAAAAAAUAGACUGUCUAGUAGUUUAAAAAGCGUGCGCGCUGAAAACUAUACUGAGGAGUUGGAAACCAGGGACAACGAACACAUCCAGACUGCGUUCAGUAGCAACUGAUUUGAAGAAAAACUAUCUCAUUGUUCACACACACGUUCCCAAACUUCUAAACCGUAAUUUUAAAAAAAUAUAAAAGUUUAUUUAAAAAAUCAUAUUAAAUUAUUUUUAAAUUAAAAUAUUUAACACUUAACUAAUUAUACGCUAAUGACACAUCUCACGCCUCCUCUCAGAAAAAUACCCUUAUACAGCAAAAGGAAAAAUCUUCUUUUUUUCUCCCCUUCUCCUACUUUCCAGUGAGGAGAGUGUCAGUGCGCGCGCCGGCGGCGACCGAGCUGGCGGCCAUGGCCAUGGAUCCGGACGCCGCGGAGUGGCCGUGCAUCAUCCAGGCGCUCCCGGCGUUGCCGCCGUCGCCGUCGUCCACCGGGGUCCCGAGGCUGCCGACCAUGGUGCAGGCGCUCCCGGCCGCCACGGACCCGCCGCCCGCCGCCGCCAGGCUCAGGCGCGGCGCCGAGCCGCCCAGCCCGCGCCGCACGCGCUCCGGCGGCGCGCCGGAGUGGACCCCCGCGGAGACGCUCGCGCUCGUGGCCGAGGUCGCGGCCGUCGACGACGGGUGGUCCCGCUCCGUCUCCGCCUUCCAGAAGUGGGCCAUCGUCGCCGAGAACCUCGCCGCGUCGCGGGGGAGGGCGGCGCGGGGGAGGGGGAGGGGGAGGGCGGCGAGCGAGUGCAGGCGGCGGUGGGAGGCGCUCGCCGCGGAGUACGGGGUGGUUCGCCGAUGGGAGGUGCGGGGUGCGGGCGGGUACUGGCGGAUGAGCGCCGCCGCCAGGAGGAAGGCCGGCCUCCCCGCCGACUUCGACGCCGAGGUCUACGGCGCCAUGGAGGCUCUCACCCUCGUCGAGGAGGCGCUUCUCGCCGAUGCCACCGCCGGUGCUGGUGGUGCUGAGAUUGGUGAAAAGAGCGCCGCCGCCGCUGAGGUCGGAGAAGGCGACGAAGUUGAGGCUGGGGAAGAGGAUGGAAAUGGAGAUCGCGGCGAGGUUGGAGAAGAGGAUGAAGGUGAGGUUGGAGAAGAUGGUGAGGAGGAGGAUGGCAAUGAAAUGGUGGAGGUGGAAGACGAUGGCAACGCCGACGACAAAGACGCGCAACCAGAUGGUGGAAAUGCUGCUGCUUCUGAUGAUUUGGUCUGCGAAACGGGAGCAAACAACGAGGGCAAGAAAAGCCAAACCGAUGCAUGUGAACUGGCCAACAAGUUACAAGAGAACGCGCAGCACAUCCAUAUGCUACUCAAAGAGGAGGCAGGCGAAAAUGAGAACCAUAACCUUGCUAUCUCAUCGGAUUCUAUGGAAACCACUCGCCAAAAAGGUGAUGAGCUGAUCAAAUCGCUAGGUGGGCUUGUGAGCUACCUGAACCAAUUCACUGAUCUGAUCAAGGAGAAUGGAUUCGAGAAUGUCGUCGGUAUGAGCUGAUCUGUGAUGAACAAACUCUCUAGGAUGCAGAUUCCCUUUGUGAGGGAGGGUUAAAUCAGACUGCCAAAAAUCUUUGGCGUUCUUCCUUCCCCGUACUUGUAAAUAUGUGUGCACUGUAAGAUGCUUUCUAAUCAAAUGCUGUAGGUUUGUGGCAGACAUUGCUACCUGCAUUGGCAUCACCAUUUCUCA